GCAAAAGUACACAGAGAGAGAUAGAGACUGAAAGUGAUUUUUGCACACCAAAGAGUGCUACGAAUUGGGAGAGAAAAGAAACAAAAUGAUGCCUUGAGGGAGAAAACAAAUCGAUUGCUUUUCUUUUUGUUUACAUUACAAAGAACAUGAUCUAUCUAUCCUAUUGCCCUCACUAUUUUGCGAUCUCUCCUUGUCUUUCUGCUUCUCCAUGUCUAUGAGUGAAACUAUGAAAAUAUGUUCGAGAUUUACACACUCUCUUUCUCACUCUAACUCAGAUGUUCUGAUGAGGUGAUUGUAAUGGAAAUGAAAUUUGGUAAAGGAAUUGAUAUGGAACAAAGCCCCAACAGUGUUCUUACUGAAUCAGAGAAGAGGAGUACAAGGCUGAAGCCGCCUCGCAGGGAUGAGAUACUGAGAGUCAAAGAAGGCUUCACCGAGAUAAGCUUCAGGCGCUACCGCAGCACAUCCUGUAAGAACUUUUCUUCCAAGCCGGAUAAUAAAACGGAGCAAAGGCGAGGUUCUGUGUAUCAAAGCUCCAAUAAGUUUUUUAAAGAGCUUAGAGAUCCUCAGGGACGUAAAGACUCGGAUGCAAAACUUGAGCUGUCUCGUACUAGCGACGCUUCUUUCUCCUUUAGAGUUGUUGAUUCUUCAAGAAAGGGGAGUACAGAGAAAAUAUCAGACGCAAAGAAGGUUUCAGAUGGACAGAAGUCAUCAGCUGAGCCUUACACCUCUGGCAACUUCAUUGACAUUUGUUUGAAAUCAGGUAUUAAAGAUAGAGGAGUGGUGUUGGAUUCAGAAGAGGAUGACCAUGAAACUAGAUUGCCUAAGCCACAUUCCUCUUCAUUAGAAGCCGGUUGCAAUAAGGAAAGCUCAAGGGUUAGGAAAAUGUUUGAUCCAUUUGUUAAGUCAAAGUCUCUGAGAAGUCCUCUUGGCUAUUUAGGAGAAGCAGAAAAGCCUUGGAAGAACAAUGAGCGUUGCAAGUCUAUGUUGAGUGACUACUCAAACAUUCAUAAAAGUCUUCCUCCAGUUGUCAAUAAGGACUAUGUACUGGCAUCAUCCCCGGUUCAUCUACAUUGCCGUCUAAAGGUAGAAAGCAAACAUGGGUUGCCUGUUUUUCAGUUUGUGUCUGAUUCUCCAGAGGAUGUUUACACCGCAAAGACGUGGAAAUCAGAGACUGGUUCUAGUUGGGUGUAUACAUUCUCAUCUGCUGGGAUCAGAAAGAGAAGCAGUGCUAGCGUGAGGGGUUUGAACGAUGUUAGCAAAGAGCCUUUGCUUGUGGCUCAGAUGCAAGUUUCAUGUAACAUGUCUUCAGAAGUAAGAAAAAAGGGACAAGAUCCAGAGACUUUGAUGGUUAACGAGUUUGUUUUGUAUGAUAUUGCACAAGCGAGACGGAGUGACUCUGUCUCCACAAAGGAAGAUCAAUCACUACUACCUCUUGCUAAACCAGAUUCAGAUUCAAGAAGCAGCACAUUGUCCAGGGAUGGUUGUGAUACAAUGAAGCAGAGAUCUCAGCCAAAACGUACAUCUCAGAGCUGUGAUCUUGAGGCUUCGAAUGGAACAAACCCAUGGUCAGCUGCAGAUUUGCAUCCUGACCUUGAGAUUGCCGCUAUAAUUAUCCAAGAGACCAUUGAGAAGAGAGAGAGCUUAAAGUACAGAAGAGGUGACAAAAGGUUGAUGGAGAAAACGAAUCUUCUUGGUCUUUCUCCAAUAGAAGAGGAGAAAAAGGAGUUGUUUGGUUCUGAAAAGUUGAAAGUUGUAAUCCCAAGGGGAAACCAUGGGCUACCAACUACCGAAAACUCCGGUCCUUCGCCUUUGAUUCAGAGAUGGAGGUCAGGAGGUGGUUGUGACUGUGGUGGUUGGGACAUGGCUUGUCCUCUUAUGGUUUUGGGUAAUCCUCUUAUCUCAUGUUCUCAUGAUCAGCCUCUUGUGGACUAUCAGCAUCCUUUGCAACUAUUUCUCCAGGGUGCUAAAGAGCAUAUACCAGCGUUGUACAUGUCGUUUGCUGAGGAGGGGCAAUACGAUGUUCACUUCCAUGCGCAGUUAUCAACUCUGCAAGCAUUCUCCACCUGUGUUGCCAUAUUACAUAACACUGAAGUCUCGGAUAAUUACAGAAACGGCGAGAAUGUACAACCGUUGUCACACUGCAGCUCACUGAAAAUGUUGAUUGAUGAGGAUGUUCAGUGUUUAGUUGAAGCAGUAACAGAGGAAGGAGAAAAGAAUGUUCCUAAUCCUGUGAAAGAAGCUGUGAUCGCUCUUCAGUCCUACAUGCCAAACCCUCCUUUCUCGCCAAUCUCUCGAGUGUAGUCUGUGAUGCUGUCCAGGAUUGGCAGUAAGAAGAUAAGAGAAGGUUGGUCUCCAGCUUCCUGACAAAGUGCAGCCAUGAAGCGGUUCCCCAAACAAACUAGAACUUGAAGAUGGAAUGUUCUAUGGUCUCCGGUCUGAGAAAUGUGUCACGUUAUUUAUUCAUUCUUCCGAGUAGGAUCUUUGCAAAAGAAAAAAAAAAGCUACAUUGUUCAUACUAUAAGGUAGCAAAUGGGAGUUGCCCAAUUUGGUUAGAGUUUCUUAUAAGCUUAGAUUUGGUUAGAUCUUUCAGAAAAAGUUUUGUAACUUGUAGUGAAUAAUGAGAUCAUCUUCCUCUU